UGUGUACCAAUAACCGGUUUUGUUUUGUUGUUUUUGUGUAAACAGAUAUUGCAGAUCUGGAGAAAAAUGCAGCACUGCUAAUCUUACCAUCUUUAUUCACAGAAAACAUCAAGUUUCUCUUCUGUCUGGACAAUGUAAGUUUUGAUAUGUCAUGUCUUUGUGUUCGCUAACUGACUCAAUGAUUCGCGGACCCGCUUUGAACUCCCGAAAUGAUUCAAAUUAUUUGUGAUCCCCAAAAUGAGCAAAAACGUUGCUUCCAUUAUGAGCGUGCAUACAUAGGGAUGGGUACCGAAACCCGGUAUUAAAAUGGCCCCGGGGUUAAAUUAUGAAAGAUCGUAGUAUCAGUAAGAUCUGACGGUAUCGGUUCUGCUUUCGGUACUGGAGGGGAAAAAAAUUAUGUACUAUGUAUUUUUGCUUAAUAAUGUUAUCGGGCACAUUUUAUCUCACCAAACAUUUUUAAUGUGCGAUCAUAUUAAGACGUUUGCCUGUGAAAUCUGUGAGAUCUCACGCGCCGUGGAGGCUGUCUGUCAGUCACACACACACACACAAACACAACAAGAAGGAGGGUGGCGCACACACACGCAUAAGGGGCCAUUCACAUAUCUCGUCUUUUGCGCGCUCAAGUUCGUUAUUUCAAAUGUAGGUGCGCGGUAUGCGGUGCAACAAUCUCGUUUUUUCCAGGCGUGUCCGCACCGCAUCGAAUUAAAAACAUCUCAGCUUUUCAGAAUGCGGCAAGCGCACCGCAGGUCAUGUAGCUUCCUCACCUUUUCCGUAACAACGUUGGAAGCAAAGCCAAGAUGAAGGAACAGCCGAUAGCUGUAUGUGGAUUUUGCUGGUUGUCAUAAGUGCAACAAAAUUUUUGAAUGUAAGGGCGGAAACACAAGCAAUAUGUCAAAGCAUCUUUCAAAAGUGCAUUAUGUGCAGACAGAGAAAUGCAAAGUUUUUGACUGCCUAACACAAAGUAACACAAAGUAACAACACAAAGUACCGAUAAGAAUACCGUUAAAGUACCGGACCGUUAAGCAGUAUCGGUAAGAGUAGUAAUACCGUUAAAACCAGGUCGAAACAUCCACGAACAUAACCAGGUGGGCAGAACAAUCUUUCACUAUUUGAUUGCUCUAGUCUUUAUCCACUCAUCAAGACCAUGUCUCUGUCCAAUAAAAGCUUGGACAUGGAUCCGCACGUCUCACGACUCGUCAGCCCCGUUACAAAACCUAAAGCUGUAAAGUUAACAUGUUGUGGAAAAUAAAUAAAAAAGAAACAUAAAAAAACAUAGAAGCUAGAUGGUCACAUACAUACAUCAGGAUGUAUGUUUUUAGCUGAAAGUACAGUUUCACAUCACUUUAGUAUAGAGCAGCUUCACAUCAUCUCGUCUGUCAUUUCAUUACAUAGAGCUUCUCUUUUAACAUUUGUGGACUGAAACAGUUGAAGAUGUUUUGCAGAUUUUGGAUCUGUUUUUGUUUUUGGCAUCUGGCUGGUAAGUUUAAAAUGUAUAUUUUAUGAGUUAAGUUCUUUCUUCAAACUCUUUUAUUUCUUCUUUUCUUUAUAUAAAACACUGAAGCUUUAGUUUCAGUCGUGACGUGAUUCUCAUCUGAAGAUAAAGAGUUUUCUGUGUGUGAUGUUGUGGAGCUCAAAGCUCUUGCAUUAGUAAACAAACAACAACAAAAAUAAUGUAAAAAUAAUAAAUAAAGAGUUUUAUUCAAAUUCAACACAAAGAUGCAGUUAAUAAUCAGUUUUGUUGUUUGGAUAUUAUUCAUUUCAAAUAUUAAUUUCAAACUUUCCAUGAAGUCUUAAUCCGUUUCUGUUGGUUCUUCAGGUGUGUUUGCUGAUUCAGAUGAAGUGAAGUCAGUGUCAGUGAUGGAGGGAGAUUCAGUCUCUCUACAGACUAACACUGAACUACAGACAGAGAAUCUCAUUACGUGUACUUUUGGACUUUCAAAAACUCUUAUAGCUCAAUUCAAUAAAGUCACCGGAAGAUUCUCCACAUAUGAUGGUCCUGAUGGGACAUUCAGAGACAGACUGAAGCUGGAUCAUCAGACUGGAUCUCUGACCAUCACAAACACCAGAACCACAGACUCUGGACUUUAUCAAAUAAUCAUCAGCAGCAGGAGAUCAAUCAUAUUCAGUUUCAAUGUUACUGUCUAUGCUCGUCUGCCUGUUCCUGUCUUCAGCAGAAUAUUCUCUUCAUCAUCGUCAUCAUCCUCACAGCAGAAUUGUUCAUUGGUGUGUUCAGUGGUGAAUGUGGGUCAUGUGACUCUCUCCUGGUACAAAGGAAACAGUUUAUUGUCCAGCAUCAGUGUGUCUGAUCUCAGCAUCAGUCUCUCUCUACCUCUGGAGGUGGAAUAUCAGGAUAAAAACAGCUACAGCUGUGUGAUCAACAAUCCCUUCAGCAACCAGACUCAACAUCUGGACAUCACUCAACUCUGUCACACAUGUGCAGACUCUACUGAAGCUGUGAUCCGAUUGGUCGUCACUGCUCUGGUGGGCGUGGCUGCUGCCGCUGCUGUUGUUGUUCUGGUUUAUGACAUCAGAUCCAGGAGAAAUGAACAGGAUAAUUGAUAUCAUACUGAUUUAUUUCUAUCUUCCUCUUUUAUUUCUCAAAUACUUACAUGUGAACUUUUUUUUGUCAGUUAAAUUUUUUAUUUGAAACUUUAGUUUUUAGUCUGAAUCUUACAUUUUGUCGCAGAAGAUGUUCUAUUCUAUUUUAUUUUAUUCUGUUCUAUAAUAAACAUUUGAAAUGAUUGCAGCAGUUUCAUGUUCUUGUACAGAUAUUCAAUAUCCUGGUAUGAUUGUAUUCAUUGAUUGUGUUUAUCAGAGAAUGUUUUUCCACACACAGUUCAAUCAGGUGAUCUGUUCCUGCAACAUAAAGCCAUUCGAGACACUCUGAAAUCAAUCUGAGAGAAG